AUCUUAAGAACAAGAAGAAGAAGAAAAGAAGUCAUGUCUUGCUCUGUGAGGAGUGGACUCCUGAUGGUGUUCUGUUUCAUUCUUCUGCUUUUGUCUUCCAAUGUUGGAUGUGCCGCUGCUCGUCGUUUAGGGUCUCAUAAGCAUCAUCACAAGGUUGCUUCUUUGGACGUUGUCAAUGGUGGAGAAAGGAGGCGAGCGUUGGGUGGAGUCGAGACAGGGGAAGAAGUAGUGGUCAUGGAUUAUCCUCAGCCUCAUCGUAAGCCACCCAUCCACAACGAGAAGUCUUAAUUACCCGAUCCAUAUAUGCUCCUCUCUAAAUAUAUCAUACUGUUAUAUGCAUAUGCAUUCACCAUGUUGGUGGUUGUAAUGACUCUUGUGCUAUCUAUAUAUAUUCAUGACCAACUUCUUUGUUCUCUAUUUCUCCUCGUAUGCAACAAACAAGGUGCAUACUAUUAAUUACUCUAUUUCUUAUGGAUGUGGUGUGGCAUAAACGAUCUUUUCAACA